AUGAGGCUCAUCAUCAGGGACGAUGCCGAAUCGGCAGCCACCUACGUCGCCAACUACAUCGUCAACCGCAUCAGGGAGUUUGGUCCCUGUACCGAGAGGCCCUUCGUCAUGGGUCUCCCUACAGGGAGUACCCCCAUGGGUGUGUACAAGCUCCUUGUCGAGAAGUACAAGGCUGGCGAGGUCUCCUUCGAACAUGUUGUCACAUUUAACAUGGAUGAAUAUGUCGGCAUCCCUCGCGACCACUCUCAGAGCUACCACACUUUCAUGUGGCGCAAUCUCUUCUCGCACAUCGAUAUUCUCCCCUCCAACGUCCACAUCCUCAACGGCAACGCCCCCUCCCUCGAGGCUGAAUGUGCCGCCUACGAAGCCGCCAUCAGCGCCGUUGGCGGCAUAGACCUUUUCCUCGCUGGCAUCGGCGCCGACGGCCACAUCGCCUUCAACGAGCCAGGCUCCUCGCUGGCCUCGCGCACACGCGUCAAGACCCUAGCCUACGACACGGUCCUCGACAACGCGCGCUUCUUCGGCGACGACCUCGCCGCCGUGCCCCGUUGCGCCCUGACCGUCGGUGUGCGCACCGUCCUCGACGCCGCCGAGGUCGUUGCCGUCGCGCUCGGCGCCCGCAAGGCCCCCGCCCUGCAGCGCUGCAUCGAGGCCGGCGUCAACCACAUGUGGACCCUGUCGGCGCUGCAGAUGCACCCGCACGCCAUGGUCGUCUGCGACGAGGACGCGACGCUCGAGCUCGCCGUCAAGACGGUCCGCUACUUCAAGUCGAUCGAAAAGGUCGCCCGCGAGCGCGGCUACGAGCAGGUCCUGCCCGCCGAGCUGCGCGUCCACCCGGCCUCGCCCACCUCGCCCGCCAGCAGCGGCACGGACUCGGCCGUCAUCGUCGACGCUGUUCAGAGCCCCACCGUGCUGCGCCCGCAGCCCGUCACGCCGGCCCUGCUAAGGGCCAACAGCCCCGCGCUCGCCCCCAACGUCCGCGCCGUGUCGCCUGAUCUCGACCUCGUCCCGGAUCGCAUGGCGUCGAGGAUCCCGGAGCCGGCUCUGACGAGGCGCCUGACGCCGAACUCCGGAGCAGCAGAUGCCCCGGUCUGCGGAUGA